AUGGUUGAGUAUUUGAUAUCCUGCAUUCACAGGACAAAAGAGUAUCUGCUGGAACUGGUGACUACGCUGUGGUGGGCUAUCAUUGCCAUCGCAUUGUCCAGUCUCUAUCGCGAGGCGAUUAAAGACAAAUUGUUCGGGCAGCUCAUUCGGAAGAACACCACCAUCAUCCCGGUCUCGGUUAAUCUAUGCUUCAUUCGAGAAUGCAACUUCGAAUGCGGAUCUUUCCACACGCAAAAGACCUCCCACCUAAAAUCUUAUGAGCAAAUCCAGCGCGGUCUGCGCUUGUUGCGGGACGCAGGGAUGAAGAAGAUUCAGUUUACCGGUGGCGAACCGUUGCUCUACCCGCAGCUUCUCAGUAAGAUGGUCGAGUAUUGCAAGGCGGAUCUCAAGCUGGAAUCGGUGUCUAUCUUGACCGACGGCAGUAAGCUCACGAAGCGCUUCAUGAUCCGCUCUGCCAAGUAUUUGGACUUUAUUGCCGUGUCUUGCGAUUCCUUUGAUGAAGGGGCCAAUGUCCACAUUGGUCGCGGCACGAGGGCGCAUGUGGCCGACGUUCAGGACGCAGCUCGACUGUGCUGCAAGUACGGGGUCAAACUCGAGAUUAGGACGGAGAUCAGUCGGUAUAACUUCGAAGACGACAUGGCCGUGCAUAUUAUGGCAUUGCAGCCGUCUCGAUGGAGAGUCUUUCGAGUUCCCAUUCGCGAAGGCAGGCAUAUCUUGAACAAGCCCGUCCAUGACGCACGUCGUUUUCAGAUCACCGUGUUGGAGUUCCAGCAGUUCUGCGCCCGUCAUUCGCACUUAGAUUGCUUCGUAUCCGAAGCCCACGGGAACACAGACGCCCCAUCGCUGCUCGUUGACGAGUAUUUCCGUUUUCUGAACAGGGGCACUGGUGACUCGACCGAAUCAAUCUUAGACGUUGGCGUUGAACGAGCCUUGAAGACUGUCUACUGGGUAUGA